GAGCGUGUGCUGUUGAGCUGCUGUAUCAUCAUCAUCAUCAUCAUCUCAGGCCCGCUCGUUUUCCGGGAUCGCUUUGCCCUGGAAGCAAAAGCAGCUCAGGACCGAUGACUUUAUUCUUCUCUCGUUUAUUUGGAUGAUUGUUACAUCGAACUAUUGCCAGGAAGGAAAAUUAAGGAAUGGCCGGUUAUUUUCUCAGGAGUGCCAUCUGGUCUGUAGUGGUCAUGGCGUGCCAAACUGUCCUUUUCCAUCCCAUCCUAGAUGUUUUGACACAUCGAGAUUGCGCUUGAAUGUGCAACAGGCUCCCGCCACAUAUGCAUGCUUUUUAUGGAGACGAUGUGGCAUCAAAGGGAUGAUGUGUCCUAGUGCUCUUCAUUUUUGCUAAUUGUUACAAUAUAACGUUUGUUUUAGUUCAGGCAGGCUACAAUUUCUUAAUUCAUUAUCGGUUGAUUGUUACAACCACGACACUUUAAACGGUUAACUGGACAACACUUUAUUUAAUUCUUUGUAUAAGUGCGUGCCAGAGUGUAAGGGGAUUUAAAAUGGCAAGUCAAGUAACGGGGAGGAAAAGAAUUCCCAACCGAGAGAAACUGUCGGCGGAGGAUGAUGCACUCAGCCAAAUAGCCCGAGAGGCGGAGGCAAGACUGGCAGCUAAACGGGCAGCACGGGCAGAAGCUCGAGAAAUCCGGAUGAAGGAGCUAGAGAGGCAACAGAAAGAGAUAUAUAAGGCACAGAAGAAAUACUAUGGGCCGGACAGCAAAUGGGGCCAUAUUGAACAGUGGAUGGAGGACAGUGAGCGGUAUUCCCACCACUCUCGGAGACACACAUCGAUAUCAGAUGACGAUGAGCGGAUGUCUGUUGGCAGCCGGGGCAGUUUGAGGGGCAUCCACACAGAUCUCUGCAGCAGCACCAGCAGUCUCCCUUCAGCCAGGUUUCAUAAUGGACGGCCCUCUGCGCUUUUUAGUGAAACUCCCCUCUCAAGAAGUCACAGGGGCUCACUGCAUGAAGAGAGUUCAUACUCUGCCAGUAGGCGUCUCAGUGGCUCCAGCACUAGAGUCCCUUCAGACUACAAUGGCUUUCUGGGCUCCGGUUCUAGGGCAUCGUCGAGGGCAAGUUCAGCCCGUGCCAGUCCAGUGGUGGAGGAAAGGUCAGACUUCCUGGAAAAGGGAUCCAGGACAGCCUCCACCCUGUCUGCUGCAACUUUAGCAUCUCUGGGUGGAGGGUCAUCACGAAGAGGAAGCUGUGAUACCUCACUUUCAGCUGACACCGAGGCCUCCAUACGGGAAAUGAAGGACUCCCUGGUGGAGGUGGAGGAGAAGUACCGUAAGGCCAUGGUUUCCAACGCUCACCUAGACAAUGAGAAGACAAACCUGAUGUAUCAGGUGGACACACUGAGAGAGACCCUGAUGGAGCUGGAGGAACUUCUGUGUGAGACACGGAGAGAGUUUGAGGAGAAAACCAGGGAGUGCGAGCGAGAAUGUCACGCUCACAGUGUCCUGAAGUUCCAGUUUGAGGAGAUGAAGGAAACACUGAAGCAGAGUGAAGAGUUGUUGUCGGAAGCCCAACAGUCGCAUGGCAAGCAGAAGGACUAUAUUAAAGAGAUCUCUGACCUGCAAGAAACAUUGGAAUGGAAGGAUAAAAAGAUCCGGGUCUUAGAGAGGCAGAAGGAGCAUUCAGACAUUAUCCAUGAUGAACGGGACGCACUCAGGGACGAGGUUUCACAGCUUAGAGAUGCUCUAAAGAAACAUGGCAUAGUGCUGGUAUCUGAGGUGACAGCCAAUGGAAAGGUAGCAGAUGGGGUGAUUGAUGGGCAUGCUGAUGUGGAAACAGCCUCCCGAUUGAAUCACAACGCUCACACGCCCACCGUGAGUGCAGACAGUAUGUUAGAGAUCAGAUUGAGAAAGCUGGUAGAAGAGAGAGAGAGUUUGCUGGAACAGGUGCGGAAACUUAAAGCCGUUGUAGAGCAAAAACAAAAGAAUGGGACGGAAGAGACCGGAUGCAUGAAUGAGGAUGAUCUACAGAACGGUCUGGACACUCAUAUCCUAGAUCUGCAGAGAGAUGCUAACAGGCAGAUCAGUGACAUGAAAUUUAAACUGGUCAAGUCUGAGCAAGAAGUCAUGGCACUUGAACAAAAUAUCAUUCGGCUGGAGGGUCAAGUGACCCGUUAUAAGACAGCUGCCGAGGCUGCAGAGAAAGUGGAAGACGAACUAAAAGUAGAGAAACGCAAGUUGCAAAGAGAGCUGAGAUCUGCGCUUGACCGGGCUGAUGAGCUUGAAGCAAGCAACAGCCACCUUACGAAGAGACUGGAGAAGAUGAAGGCCAAUCGAAGUGCCCUAUUGGCACAGCAGUGAUGCACGAUUUUGAUUGCCCUCUGGCACCAAUGACCUGCCAACCGUAUAAAACUAAAACCUUUAUCAAAACAGACAGUUCUAAUAAAAUAAUCCCAAUUAUAAUCAUUCUAAUUCAGUUUGUGAUUAUCAAACAUCAAAAAACAGGAGUGAAAGUCAAGCAGCAUCCAUUUGGUGGCUUGUGGAUUCCAAGCAGAGGACACAUUAAAGGCUUACUGAGGUUAAAAAGUGAACUUUGGUUUGGAUUAGAAGAAGCAGCAGGUGCUCAAGACAAUGUUGACUCGACUGGACUGGAUUAUGGAUCUCGAUCGCAAGACCAACAAAGCACACACAGAUUACAACUAUAGCAUGGGAGCAGGUUGUUUUAGUUAACCAGCGCUGAGGGACCUUCACUUAUCUUGGUGGAUCAUGCACUUUAUCCCUGCAUCAGUAUUCCAAUUUUCUGUGUGACUUAGAAAAUGUAUCACAUGGAUAUCUGGUCCCUUUGUUGUUCCAUAUGGAUUUGUUUAAUCCAGAGAUUGUAUGAUUGUAUGUAUGCUACGACAUACAGAGAAAGUUGUUUUUCUUUGCAGCCUGCGCAGACUUAUUGACUUAUUUAAGAAAAAUGGGCCAAAAGGUGUCAUUAUAUUUCUAUAGUCAUCGUGUUAUGUUGAAUAUUCAGGUUUGAGACCAUCCACUUAAAAAGGCCAUUGUUUGUUGCUUUCCGUGUACAAAGACUGCAGAUACGUCUUGGUUAGUGUAAUAUGGUAAGUAGAAGUAGACAGAAAGCAAGCACAGUUCAUCAUCAGUAUAUAUGUCCAGUUUAGUCUCAGAUCAUGGAGCAAAAUAUAUGUAUAUAAUCAUCUGAGGGCUAAAUGGACUUUUGAGACAUCACCAGCCUUUAAAGAUUGCUUUUGAAAACAUGCUGAGUCAACAUUCGCGUGCAGCUGCUUAUUGAAGCUGGUUGUUGUACUGUAGCAUUUUCACUAAUGGUCUGCCAUUUACAUAGUGUAUCAUUAAUCUUGAUACAUUUGGGGUUGAAAGAAAUGAACAGCGUUUUUUAAUAAAAAGGGAGAAAAAUUAUUAAACAAAAUUGUUGCAAUAAUGCUUUUCAGUGUAACUGACCAUUGCAUUUACACAACAACAUUCAAAUGUACUCAUGAAAACAGUUAUAAUAACGAGUGUCAUGAUGCUUUAUUUGCUAUGGUAUGCCAAUAAGAUGCUACUAUAUUUCUGAUUGUCACUUUUACUUGUAUCUCUUCCCAAGGUUCUGCAACUAUGGGAGACAACGCACCACAUUGUUUACACACUCACUUAAGAAGAACAUGCUGUUUCUUAAGGACUGAUAUAUGCUAAACUUUAAAAAUAACAGGCAUAUCCAUAGAUGGACAGAUCCUGUUCUUUACCUGUAUUACAGCUAUUGGUGUGGUAUGACAUGGAAUAAAUGCAAUA